GCCUUAGCGCUUCAGAUCUUAGCACGCCAAGCUGCAGGUCCACGCAAGGCAGCCAUCCUGAAGGACCAGCGGCUCAAGGGGAUGGUCCAAGCGUUACAGGACCAUGCCCAGCAUCUGGAGGUGUGGAUCCUCUGCUCCGGCAGUGCUGCUUUGGGGCGUUUGGGCACCUUGAGCCUCCACGCUGCGCAUGCGACGGCAGCGGCUGCGGACGAACUGCUCCGACGAAGUCAGGAGAAGUUGGGGCACUUCUCCAAGGCCCAGGCCGCGCUGCUCUUGGCCAGCCUGGCCCUGGUGCCGGAACGCCUCAGUUCCGCCGUGGGCAGCGAGCUGCGGAACAGCCUGGUGUCCAUGUUGGAAUUGCAGAGUCAGGAUUUGCCCCCCGAAGCCUGCGCCCAGCUGGCGCCGGCCUUGGUGAAGUUGCGCAGCCAGAGUGAGACCUUGGCGCAAGGCCUCGCCAAGCGCCUAAGCGCCUGCGACCUGACGGAGCUCUCGCCCGAGGACGUGGCCAAGGCCGCGCAGAGUCUGGUGGCACUGCGGCAGGCGCCCAACAAAUUGAUGGAGGCCACCGAGCAGGUGCUCCGUCAUCAGAUCCACCUCUGCACUCCUCGCGCCAUAGUACACUUCGCGGGCAGUUUGAGCGAGGGACGAGGCGAUGUGGAUGUCUUCAAGGAUUUCCUGAUGCCCGCGGCCAGAUCCUUCAUUUCGGACUUCAACUGCCGCGACCUGUGCACCAUUGCCGAAAGCUUUGCCAAGGCAGGUUGUGCGGAAGCCGACUUCUUGGCUGACUUGGCGGAGAUGUUGCAGCGAAAGGUUGGAGACAUGGGCGCACACGAGGUGUCAGUGGCCUUCCAAGUCUUUGCGCCUAUCUCCUACGCCGUCCCCGCGCUGCUGCCGGCCGUGACGCAACGCGCCAUGGAAGUGGCCUCGGAGCUCUCGCCGAAGCAGCUGACGCAUACCCUGCAGGGCCUCAGCCGCAGCCAGUUGGACGCGGAGCCGCUGCUGCCGGCGUUGAAGCGCCGGGCGCAGCAGUUGGCACAUGUCCUCUUUGGUGCCCCCUGGGAGCUGCUGUGGGCUGGG